ACCAGCAAGAAGUCGCCCAAGCACCCGGUCCAUUUUCUCUCUACAAAUCUCUCUUUAAAAUCUAAAGCUUUCUUCGUCUCGUUUUCAUUCCGAUUUCUGUUCAAAAACUUUGAUAUUCUGCUGAUCGAUUCUGAAAACGAUCUGAUUCGGCGAAAUUUUGAACAAAAUUGGACAAGAAAUUCUGCAUGAGCUGGUUGAGAAAGUUGGUUUGGAACUACUUGUCCUCAAAUUCGAACCAUUUCAUUAUUUUUAUCCUUCGUUACUCUCCUCGGUUACCUCCUUCUUUAUUAUUUAAUUUUGCAAAAAAACCAACUGAACCGUUAUUAUUGAUCAACAUACACAAAUAUAUUCAAAGUAUCAUUAAUCAUCUGUUAAUUGUUUAGUCUUACCAUGGAAUCAACAAACAGGAGUAAUCGUCAAUUAAGCAGAGCUCUAUGCUAUUCGAAUGCGGAUAUGAGGCAAGCCAGGUCUCCAUCUGUUGUUGUCAUUGGCGCUGGCAUGGCUGGACUUGCAGCGGCUCGUGUUCUCCAUGAUGCGUCAUUUAAGGUUGUCCUUUUGGAAUCUCGGGAUAGAAUCGGUGGUCGAGUUAAUACAGAUUAUUCGUUUGGUUUUCCCAUUGACCUGGGUGCAUCUUGGCUGCAUGGAGUCUGCAAUGAGAAUCCACUAUCACCAGUGAUUGGGAGGCUAGGGCUACCUCUAUACCGCACUUGCGGUGAUAAUUAUGUGUUAUUUGACCAUGAUUUAGAAAGCUAUGCGCUUUUUGAUAUGGAUGGAAAGAAAGUUCCUCCUGAAUUAGUCACGAAGGUUGCGGAGGUUUUUGAGACCAUUUUGGCUGAGAUGAAUAAAGUAAGAGAAGAAUUCAGUGAAGACAAGUCAAUGCUACACGCAAUUUCAAUUGUUUUUGAAAGGAGGCCAGAAUUAAGGUUAGAGGGCCUUGCCUAUAUGGUGCUUCAGUGGUAUCUAUGCAGAGUGGAAGGCUGGUUUGCCGGAGAUGCUGAUACCAUCUCUGUUAAAUCCUGGGAUAAGGAAGUACUGCUCCCUGGUGGUCAUGCGAUCAUGGUUUGGGGCUAUCUGCCAGUUAUAAACACUCUAGCCAAAGGCCUCAACAUCCGCUUAGGCUGCAGGGUUACUAAAAUUGAUAGAUGCUUAAAUGAAGUGAAGGUAACUGUAGAAGAUGGAACUACGUUUGUGUCAGAUGCUGCCAUUGUUACUGUUCCUCUCGGUGUGUUGAAGGCGAAGGCAAUCAAGUUUGACCCAAGGCUCCCAGACUGGAAGGAAGCAGCCAUCGAUAACCUUGGAGUUGGGAUUGAAAAUAAAAUAGUGUUGCAUUUUGAUAGGGUGUUUUGGCCAAAUGUGGAGUUCCUGGGAGUAGUUGCAGAAACAUCUUAUGGAUGCAGCUACUUUCUAAAUCUUCACAAGGCUACAGGUCAUCCUGUCCUUGUUUACAUGCCUGCCGGGCAGUUGGCCAAAGAAAUUGAGAAGAUGUCUGAUGAAGCUGCUGCUAAUUUUGCUAUUAUGCAACUCAAGAAGAUCCUUCCUGGUGCAUCUGCCCCGAUUAAUUAUCUUGUUUCUCACUGGGGUACGGAUGCUAACUCACUUGGCUCCUAUAGCUAUGAUACAGUAGGCAACUCUCAUGAUCUGUAUGAAAAGCUUAGAAUUCCUGUGGACAACUUGUUCUUUGCUGGGGAGGCAACAAGUAUGAGCUAUACAGGGUCAGUGCAUGGUGCAUUCUCGACUGGACUGAUGGCUGCUGAGGACUGUAGGAUGCGUGUCUUGGAGCGAUAUGGGGAGGAAGACUUGUUUCAGCCAGUCAUGGGUGAGGAGUCUCCUGUUUCGGCACCGCUUUUGAUCUCUCGAAUGUAACUUUUAAGGAACCCUUAACCCACCUCGUCCUCAUUGCUCAAAGGUACAAUAGUAUAUUGCUGCAGAUAUAUGUAAACAUGGGAUCUGGGUCUGGCUAGCACACAAAUACGGCAUUUAGAAAUGGUCAGUCAAUUUUGCGAUGAACUUGUGUUUGUGUAUUUUCCUCUUUGUGUCUGACCUGGAUGCAUUGUUAUUUGGACAAUAAUAAUAAUAAGUGGUGUGUUAUUUUGUAUUAUUUAUGGAUGCACUUUUUUAGGUUCA